AAAAGCAUUGUUUAUAGAGGAGAGAUUCAGUUUACUCCAAAACUCUAGAGAGAGAAAAUAAUACAUAGAUCGCAGAGAUAGAGAGAGAAAAGACGAGAGGAAGAAAAAAAAGAAAAAUUAAAGAAAAAGAGAGGAGAAAAACAAUAAAUAGGCCAAACAAAAAAGUGGAAAAAGGAAAGCAAAGUGAAAGAAGGGGAGAGAGGAGAGGGGAAGCAUUAAAGCAGUUGCUGUGUAUUCAGUUGGUUGAUGGUGGAAAAUCAACGAGGCGUGUUGCUUCUUCCCAAGGGCAGAUUCGUCAUUCCGGGCAUCCACCCCAUGCUUGCCGGCGGCGCCGCGGCGGUCGAAGCCAUCGGGAGCAGAAUCGGCGAGCUGAGCAGGGUCGUGUUUGUUGGAGGUGGCAGCGGUGGAGGAUUCUGGAGGGAUGCGGCGGCGAACGGCGGCGUGACCCUCGCCUUCACGGCGUUUGCUGGCCUCGCGUUAGCCGCCGCAGUGUUCUACACUACUAGGUAAAGAGCUAGCAAAGAAAUCUGUGACGGAAAUUUUCUGAAUCCGGUGUUGUAACCCUAGGGAGAGUUAAUUUAAUUAGUUAGGGAAAAAAAAUUUGGGGAGAAUUUAGGAGUGAUAACUGAUAAAGUGUUCAUAGAUGAGAGCUCUAAGACGAAGUCAGACUUCGUCAAAAUCUUCGCCACCGUCAUCGUCUUCAAAUACGUCGUCGUCUCCACCGUCUUCGUCGUGGAUUCAUUUGAGAUCGGUUCUGUACAUAGUAGCUUCCUCCAACUCCUCACCAGCCUCUUGUUCUUCUUCCUCAUCUGAUCGUGGUCGCCUAAAAUCCCCAUGGUCCCGGAGAAAAAGGAAACAUAUACUCUCACCUCAGCAGUGGAGAAGUUUGUUCACUCCAGAUGGAAAGCUCCGUGACAAUGGAGUUAAAUUCCUGAAGAAAGUUCGAAGUGGAGGUGUUGAUCCUAGUAUUAGGGGAGAGGUUUGGCCAUUUCUUCUUGGAGUCUAUGACCUGAGAAGUACCAAAGAAGAAAGAGAUACUACUAAAGCCCAGAACAGAAAGGAAUAUGAGAAACUGCGGAGGCAAUGUCGCCGACUCCUUAAACAUAUCAGUGAACCUUGUAAGUUAAGUGAAAAUGGUGAAACAAGUAAUGCAGGUAGCGGAAGUAUCACUGAAGGCAUGGAUUCUCCUGGCUCUGAAGAGGUGGUGAGUGCCAGAGAAUCCCUUUCGAGUGAGGAAACAUUCGAUAAUAAUUUCGAUGAUUGCCGUACCACCAGCUCCAUUAUGGAUGAAUAUGAGGGUUCAAAGAGAAUUACAGAUUCCAACGUCGCCUUUGACUCAGAAUCCUCAGACUCUGAAUCCUCAGAUGAUCCUGAACUGAGUCAAACUUUCGACUUUACAGAAAGCACACAGGACCAGGACCCUGAAAAUGACCUGUCCUCAAAGGAGGAUUCGUCUCCUUCAAGCACGGAUGUUCAGUCUCAACCCUUCAGUAGGGAGGAUUUUGCCACCUGGCAGCGAAUUAUCCGUCUAGAUGCUAUUCGGGCCAAUGAGGAUUGGAUCUCAUACUCCCCAACGCAGGCUACGGUGACAGAUGCAAAAGCCCAACGUGCUGCUGAGGCAGUGAGGCUGAAGGAUUAUGAACACCUAAUUCCUAGCAGGAUCUACCACGCUGCUCGUUUGGUAGCCAUUCUUGAAGCCUAUGCACUUUACGACCCUGAAAUUGGGUAUUGCCAGGGGAUGAGUGAUCUACUUUCUCCCAUAAUAGCUGUGAUGACAGAGGACCACGAAGCUUUCUGGUGCUUCGUGGGUUUCAUGAAGAAGGCUCGUCACAAUUUCCGGCUUGAUGAAGUGGGAAUCAGAAGGCAGCUGAACAUCGUCUCAAAAAUCAUCAAGUACAAGGACUCACACCUCUACAGGCAUCUAGAGGAACUCCAGGCGGAGGAUUGCUUCUUUGUAUACAGGAUGGUGGUCGUACUCUUUAGAAGGGAACUAACUUUCGAGCAAACUCUAUGCCUCUGGGAAGUCGUGUGGGCCGAUCAGGCUGCAAUUAGGGCUGGUAUAGGGAAGUCUGCUUGGAGCAGGAUUAGGCAGCGGGCCCCUCCAACCGACGAUCUUUUGCUUUAUGCUAUUGCAGCUUCUGUCCUGCAAAGGAGGAAACAAAUCGUAGAAAAGUACAACAGCAUGGACGAGAUUCUAAGGGAGUGCAACUCGAUGGCCGGGCAUCUCGACGUGUGGAAGCUUCUGGAUGAUGCGCACCACUUGGUUGUCAACCUCCAUGACAAGAUCGAGACUUCUUGAGACAGCAAAGGCCGACCCCAAAAUGAAGAGAGGCACCAGGACCUGCAAGUUCUUCAUCAUAAAAUCCGAGGCCUUCGUGGCGUUGGAAGUGGAACCAUCACGUGGCGGAGGGUUGUAGAUGCGCUUCAAGGGAACUGUUGCCGGAUCUAUCUCCCCGAUGUAAUACUUGUCCCUCAUUUCGCGAGCAGAGUCGCUGUGCCCGGUAUCCUCGAAGUCACCGGUUGCAUCCUUUCCUGUGAUGUGCCAACAAUUUCAAAAACCUAUAUUUGUCUUUGAUGAUGACGACUGGACAUAUUACCUGUUGUUGCUAGUAAAACAUCAUCACCUCCAGGAUGAUCGUCCAUGAAUGGAGUCACAUCAUAAACCUGCGAGUCAGAUCAGCAUUGCCUAAUCCUGUGUUUAUGGAAGUAUAUGCUAUCUUUUGCAAAUUUACAAGAAUCUUAAAAUGUACAUGCAACCAAACACUAAACGUUUGAUCAGAUUUCAGGAGACUGUAACAUAGUUGCACCAACUUAAGAUUGUAAAAUUGGAAUUCUUGUAUACAAUGGCAGUCUGGCAAAGAAGCCUCAUUUACUUUA